AUGGCUGAAUUGCCAGAAAUUAUGACCGUUGCUGGGAAGGAAUUAGGAAGACUGCAGCUAGCAGACGCCGUCACACAAGGCAAGGUGUCGGCGGAAUUUCAGCGGGGUUUGCGACCAUCAUCUUCUGCAGCUGGCCUCGAGAACGACACCGACACCGACACCUACGUGGAUGACGUCCCGCUGUCACCCAACGAUCUCUUUGUUAGGGCCAAAGGAGGCCUGGACUCGGCGUCGAAGUUGCCCGACUACUCGGGCUACGUCGUCGACACCGCGUCUUGUUGCGGCACUUUGAUCGCUGGUCUCAUCAUCAUCGUCGUCAUUGCGUCGAAGAACAACCCCAACACUGCUUUUGACGGGGAAGUCAAUAAUCUCAACAAAUCUUUGAACGCGAAUGCUGCAUCACUGCAACUCACUCCUGAAGAAAUGGCUGAAUUGCCAGAAAUUAUGACCGUUGCUGGGAAGGAAUUAGGAAGACUGCAGCUAGCAGACGCUGUCACACAGGGCAAGGUGUCGGCGGAAUUUCAGCGGGGUUUGCGACCAUCAUCUUCUGCAGCUGGCCUCGAGAACGACACCGACGCCGACACCGACACCUACGUGGAUGACGUCCCGCUGUCACCCAACGAUCUCUUUGUUAGGGCCAAAGGAGGCCUGGACUCGGCGUCGAAGUUGCCCGACUACUCGGGCUACGUCGUCGACACCGCGUCGGCAAUCGUGACGAAAACCCUGGGCAUUUCUCGACAGGAAGCUUCGCUGUCGAGCACUUGGUCCUCGUUGCCAGCUCUCCGAGAUUCCGGGGACGCGAAAAAAGUUGAAAAGUGUUCCAGCGAAGAAAAAUUUCGACGCAUUGAUGGGUCGUGCAAUAAUUUGGCGAACCCGAUGUGGGGAGCCAGCAGAACUGGGUAUCGGAGAUCUCUACCUCCUGCGUACGAAGAUGGCGUUUCAGCUGUUCGUGCAAAGGCAAGCGACGGAUCAGCAUUGCCACUGCCGAGAUUGGUCUCUCGCGUUGUUCACGGCACGGAUUACAGAGAAGAAACCGGAGUGAACAUGCUUUUCGUCAUCUGGGGCCAGUUCGUCGACCAUGACAUGGAGUUCUCUGUUAACAUGCCCGCGGGAAUUGAUUGUUGCAACGGAACGACGAUGAAUCCCGAGUGCAUCCCACUUUAUAUUCCUCCUGGUGAUCAUUUCUAUGACGAGAAGAACAUAACUUGUUUGACGUUGGUCCGGGACACGGUCGCCCCUCAGGACAAACUUGUUGCUGGGAAGGAAUUAGGAAGACUGCAGCUAGCAGACGCCGUCACACAAGGCAAGGUGUCGGCGGAAUUUCAGCGGGGUUUGCGACCAUCAUCUUCUGCAGCUGGCCUCGAGAACGACACCGACACCGACACCUACGUGGAUGACGUCCCGCUGUCACCCAACGAUCUCUUUGUUAGGGCCAAAGGAGGCCUGGACUCGGCGUCGAAGUUGCCCGACUACUCGGGCUACGUCGUCGACACCGCGUCGGCAAUCGUGACGAAAACCCUGGGCAUUUCUCGACAGGUUCGAAGCGACAGCUCGUGA